AGAUAUCUUCACCUGAAUAUCUGAUUCACUCAGUUUGGAGUUGGGGAGGAUAAAAUCAUACAGCACAAGCAUUCAGUAUUGUCCACACCUUUGUUUCUCAGAAAGCAAAAAUGUGGACAGCGGAGAAUGGCUCUUGGGCACUUCGUUUGCUGGCAUUUCUUGCUCUCAUCAACCUUGUUCUUCCUCAAUGCACUAGAAAGACUCCCGUGAUUUUCAACUUCGGGGACUCAAACUCAGAUACCGGCGGCUUCGUUGCCGGACUCGGCCUAGACAUUGCUUAUCCCUACGGCCGCGCCUUCUUCCGGCGGCCAACAGGUCGAGCGAGUGAUGGGCGUCUCGUCAUCGAUUUUCUCUGUGAGUAUCUGGAUACCCGUUACUUGAGUCCGUAUUUGGAUUCAUUGGAACCCGAUUUCACAAACGGAGCGAAUUUUGCAAUAGUUGGCGCCGCAACUCUACCCAAUUCUAUUCCCAGCUUCAAUCUCGGUAUUCAAAUCCUUCAAUUCAAACAUUUUUAUAACCGUUACGUAGAACUCCACUCCAGAGGUAAGCCGAAUUUCUUAGAUAAGGACGACUUUAAAAGCGCGCUUUAUAUAUUGGAUAUUGGACAAAAUGAUCUGUCGGGUUCAUUUUGGUCCCUUUCAUAUGCUCAAGUCAUCGAGAGGAUCCCUUCUUUCAUAUCUGAAAUCAAGGAUGCUAUGUGGGGCAUAUAUGCAGUUGGUGGGAGGAAUUUCUGGGUGCACAACACAGGGCCGUUGGGUUGUUUACCUCGAGAACUUGCGAUUAGAAGCAAUAGAAAUGUGAGUGAUUAUGAUGAAUAUGGAUGCAUCACGUCUCUGAACCAAGGGGCAAAAGCAUUCAACGCCAAGCUAGAAGCUCUUUGUCAGCAACUGCCAUCUCAAAUGGAGAAUGCUACCAUUGUCUAUGUGGAUGUCUACUCUAUCAAGUAUGGUCUCAUAGCAAAUUCCACACUUUAUGGUUUCAAGAAUCCAUUAAUGGCAUGUUGUGGGUAUGGUGGAGCACCUUACAACUAUGAGGAGGGCAGAACAUGUCUGGGCAGUGAACAUACAGUGUGUGAAGAAGGGAUACAACACAUAAGCUGGGAUGGAGUUCACUACUCGGAAGCUGCCAAUGCUAUUGUUGCCUCCAAGCUACUUUCCACCCAUUAUUCCUCUCCUCCCCUUCCAUUUGAUUUCUUUUGUAGCACUGCCACAUCCUCUUUCUAUCACUAAAAAAAAUAUGAUUUUUUGCUACGAUUAAUUAAUAUAGCUAAAAAAAAUCAUGAAAAAUACAAAAUAUUCAUAAUUAUUAUUAUUUAUUUUUGUAAGUGUAGCCAAAACAUUCGCAAUUGAAAAACUACGACAAAGGUUUUGGCUAUGGCCAAAAACCAUAGCGAA